AUGGCCGCCGUCGCGACGAAGGCCACGGGCACCGCCACCAAGAUGAAGAAGCCGCCUGCACCGACCCUCCAGACGAACACGAACGGGACAAAGCCCGCUGCGCCCUCAUCCUCCCCGAGCGGCGCCCGGAAGACGCUCCCCGGUCAAGGCCAAACUCCUACUUCUGCAUCCAGCACUGGUGCCGGAGUGAAUGGUACCGCGAGGCCAAAUCGUAGACUACAACGACUCAACACGAGAAAUAGCACGACAGACGCUACCGGUUCAGACAAACGAGGCACCAAGAAAUUCCCUGAGCCAUAUGUUCCCAAGGAAUCUCAUAUUCUACGGAAGUUCAAAGGUUGUCCACCGUCCCUCAUUGUCCAUCUGCACCCAACCCACUUCCGCUUCGAUCAACAAGAAGGAAGCUUCAGUUACCACUCCGAGAUGCGCGUCUUCAUCGAGCACCUGGCCAAAGGUACAAUACCGCAUGAUAUGGUGGAAGAGUUUCGGAAGUCGGAGGUCAAAUACUAUGACGGUUGGCUUAUAGUACGGGUGCUCGACUACAAAUCUGUCGCAAAAGACGCAGCCGCCAACGAUGCCUCUGUCGGAGACGAGAAGCCUUUCAGCAUCCACAAUUAUAACCAUUUCAUCACUCCAUCCCCCUACGUGCCAUAUCCAACGAAAGAGCAGUCGGUGGCCCGAUCACCCCCAACAAAGCCAGAACACCAGGACUCCAUAUCAGGCGACCUCAAAGAAACUCUAAACUCCGACGAUACUAUUGAUGUCGCCCCGAAGACAACGAAGCCAAAGCCCAAGAUAUAUCACGUUGCUUUGCGGCCAACCAUCCUCUCAAAGCAUAUGGAUCUGGUUAUUGAUGCUAUGACCCCUGAUCCAAAAUCUGUCAAUCGAAAACAGUCACAAGUGAACUCGAGCAAUCGAGCGCCGGGAUCAGCAGUUCCACAGACCCCGAUCUCCGGAGUCCCUGCGACGCCAACCACCGAAAAGGGUCCGCCGCACAAGAGGCUGAAAUUAAAGAUCGACCCUAAAGAUCUUGUGGAUUAUGAAGCUCGGGUGGUCAACGCCACUGCCCCGCCCCUGUACUUGGAAGCCGUUGAAAGCCUGGAAGAGGCAGAGACGCUGAUGGAAAUGCUCAAAGAUCCUUACCAUGAUGCGCGUCCUCCUUCACCAAAAAGCCGGAAGCGAACAGUCGCAGAACUCGCGGCCGAAGACGCACAUGCCAAGGAACAGGAGAGAUUCAUGCUGGUUAUGGAUGAGCGCACAUCCGGUGCAUCUGGUGCACCGAAUACGGGUGCUGUUGAUGGUCAAGCUGCCGCGGCCCUGUUCCAACCACGCUUCGAGAAGUUCAACGCGCUAGACAACAUCAAGAGAGAAAUUGCAGAGCGUAAGCAACGUGAGAAAGAUCGACAAUUGCAGGAAGAUGAGAACAGGAGAGGCCAGCAAGAACGUCUGCAAGAGGAGGAGAAGAAACGCAUAAUGAUGCAGCGAGCACAGGAGGCUAGAGUCAUCCGUGCUCGGCAGCAAGAAAUGCAAGCAGCGUUGGCAGCGCAACAGCAGACAACAGCUCAAACGAACCAAAGACCCCCUUCGCAGCAAAUGAAUGGCAUACCUCCGAAUAUGCAAAACCAGAUAAUGGCUGCGCAACAACCACGUGGCUCGCCAAUACUCAGACAAGGUACUCCACAUGCUGCUUCCUCACCGGUAGUCACGAGUGCUCCUGCACAAGGUGGGCUUCCAAUGGCAAUGUCUGGCUCUCAGCAAGGUCAUGGUUCACCAGCUCGACCCGGUUCUGCGGUUCAACAUGCUCAUCCCACCGCUCCAAUGGCGAGAGUUGGCAGUGGCCAAGCUCCUAGUCGCAACGGCACACCACAAUUGGCACAUGGCACGCCUGCUGGUGGAAUUGCCACGCCAAUCAUACGCCAAGGUACCCCAGGUCAGCACAUCAGCCAGGCAAGCCCCCACAGCAGCAUGGCGGCGCCUACACCUCAAAUGUUGCCAAAUGGAAUGAUCCAAGGCAUGCAAGGCCAAAUGAUGAAUGGUGUCCAGAGACAACCUAAUCCUCAACAGCUCGCAGAAAUGCAACGACGCCAUGCAAUGCAACAGCAGGCUGCAGCACAACAGGCCGCCAUGCACCAACAAAUGAUCAAUGGGACUCCCCAGAUGGCUCAAGCGCAGAUGGCGCAUAUGCAAGCUCAACAUCACGCACAAAUGGACCGCCAGGCUGCCAUGCAGCGUCAACAAGCACAGCAGCAAGCUAUGCAGCAGGGCACUCCACAAAGCCAGCACAUGUCACCAGUGUCUGCGCAGAGCCAGAAAGCGUACAACCAGUCCGUUGUCGAGCAUGUCAAGGCGCAGAUGCAGAGCCUUCAGCAACCACAUUCCCAAAGCUCACCAGCUCAAAAUCAGAUGACCCCUCAACAACAAGCUGCACAAAUGGCGCAGGCUCAACAACAGCAACGAAUGAUGGCUGCCCAGGCCCAAGCGCAGAACCAAAUGAUGGGUGGCAACGGCCCUCCACAACAGCGACCACAGAUCAAUCCACAGCUCCAACAAUUCUAUCAGACAACCCUCAAUGCAUAUACGCAACGCUUCCUCGGCCAAGCCGCUUCCAAAUAUGGCGGCAAUACGAAUAUGCUUCAACCUGCGGAAUUGCAACAGGUGCAAGCUCAAGCCAAACAGGCGGCUCUGACUGCCGUGCGCAAACGUCAGGCUGAGAUGAGCCAGGUUCAGAUGCAGCAGGCUCAAAUGAGGCAACAAGCUCAACAAGGUGGUGGGGGAAUGAACAUGAAUGGCGGGGGUAUGGGAAUGAAUGUGAACCCCAACAUGGCUGCAGCCUUGCAGCAGCAUCAAGCUCAGCAGAUGCAACAGAUGCAAAUGCAGCACGCUCAACAAAUGAUGGCGCAACAGCAACAUCAGCAGCAGCAACAGCAGCAGCAGCAAGGCAUGCAAUUUCAGCAUCAGCGAGGCUAG